UAAUAAUAAUUCUCUCUUCCCCACCAUCUUCAAUACUCUCUCUCUCUCUCUCUCUCUCUCUCUCUCUCUCUCCCCAAUAGUCUCUCUCUCCCUCUCCCUCUUUCUCUCCCAAUGUAGUACUAGUUUCACACACACAUAUCUAUUAUAAUUCUAUUCUCGGUACAGGGCACUCUCAGAUUUGCAGUUUUUGCUUUGGAAGAUGCUACUCAGCUACUUGGCCGAUAGUAAAUUUAGUGACCAACUGAAGACAUCUAGAAAUGAUGGAUAACAAAACGUGGUCCUGGAAGAGAAAAUCAGCAGAAAAGACAAAUACGGGUUCGAAUGAACAAAAAAAUUCUCUUACAGGGAACAGAGAACAGACACUUCUUAAUGAUAGAGAAGAAUUGCAAAAAGAAUUGACUACUUUAAACGAGAAGCUCUCUUUUGUCCUCAUUGAGUGUAACAGAAAAGAUGAACUUGCCAAGCAUCAGACUGAAGCGGCAAAGGAAGCCAUUGCAGGUCGGGAGAAAGCAGAAGCAGAAGCAAGAUUACUAAAGCAAGAAGCAGAGAAAGCUAUAAAGCAAAGAUUAGCUUGUGAAGACAGAUUAGUCAGUAUGGAUGCUUCUCUGAAGGAGUGUAUGCAGCAGUUGCGUUUUGUGCGAGAAGAGCAAGAAAAAAGGAUUUAUGAUGCUAUUAUGAAGACAUCAAGAGAAUAUGAAGAAAUGAUAAUUGUGUUAGAAGAAAGGUUGGCGGAAACCAGUCAAAGAGUCACCAUGUUAGUUUCUCAGAAUACUCAACUCAGCAAGGCUCUCAUAGCAGAAGAAAAGGUAAUUAAAGAUUUACAAGAAUGCAGAGCUUGGUCAGAUGCGAAUUCCAGUACUCUAAUGACUAAAUUAGAGUGUAUAGAGAAAGAGAAUGCUUCUUUGAAGUAUGAGCUUCGCGUGGUUGAGAGGGAGCUUGACAUUCGGAACGAGGAGAAAGAAUUCAAUCGUCGAACAGCUGAAGUAACCCAUAAGAAACAUUUGGAGAGUGCGAAGAAAAUCGUGAAACUGGAAUCAGAAUGUCAGAGAUUGCGCCUCCUUGUUCGCAAGCGGUUGCCAGGUCCUGCUGCUUUAGCAAAGAUGAAGUUUGAAGUUGACAUGCUUUCCAAGGAUCCAGCUGAGACGAGGAGUAGAAAAUCAACUGCCUCAACUUUUUCAAUGGACUGGGCUGUCAAUGGUCCUGAUACGCCCACUAAAAGGAUUAAUUUUUUGGCUAAGCAGCUAUCUGAAGUGAAAGAAGAAAAUAAAACUCUUAAAGAAGCUCUGAUUGCACAAACUAAUAACCUCCAGCUUUCAAAUGACAUAUUUGAUAGUUCAACCUCUAAAUUUUCUGAAGUUGAGGCACAACUUGAUGAAUCAGCAGAAGAUCUGACAGUAAUGGGACUAAUAGGGAAUGUACCUCCGAUGCAUGAACUUUCUGUGGCUUCAAUGCCUGACAUGGACAGUGAUGGAAAGUUAAGCAGUGUUGAAUCUGUGGCUUCUGGGUUCAUUUCAAAAAUGGAGCCUUUAAGUAAUUGUAAACGUGAGGCACCAUCCAGUUUAGUUGUAGAUUCAGGCAUUAGUCUGAUGGAUGACUUUGUUGAGAUGGAAAAAUUAGCAGUAGUAACAACGGACAAGUCAUUUGGGAGCUCACAUGUAACUCCUGAUGAAGUUACUAAAGAUGGUGGUCCCUUUGUAGCUGUGUCUAGUGGUUGUAUCUCAGAAGCAACUGGUAUAGAGAUCGUGCCGACGGAUCCUUCGUGUGACCCUUCUGUCUUUGAAAAAGUUAUUAAAUCUGGAAAGACAUCCAUUUAUAGUCCUGUUUGGGUUGAUGAUAUUGUGAAAGUGGUCUUAGAGCAAUCUUGUGUGAACCAAAAGAGUCCUGAUGCAAUACUAGAGGUUAUUAAAGUUGCCCUGGCACGCAGUAAUCCUUCAGAACCUUGUGGCUCUGUUGGUAAGAGCUUAAGCUAUGGUGAUGCUAUAGGCAGCAAUUCUGUAGAACUGCCAGAUAAAUCUUUUAUUAAUAUGCAUUCAGCUGAUAGAUUAUUUGUUGAUAACAUAGCUUUUACUGAUAAGAGCAAUCAACAGUCCCAGUUAGAUCUAAGUGAAUCAGUACGUAAAAUUAUUAAGCUUGUCGAGGGGAGUACUUUCGCAUCUUCUCGUCAUAAUACUGCAGAUAUAUUGAAUGUGGUUGCUGACUGUUCAAACUCUAGUAAGGUUUCUGAAACACCCACAGGAUAUAUGGUUCGUGUCUUCCAAUGGAAAGAAUCUGACCUGAGUGCUGUCUUGCAGAAAUUUGUUCAAAUCUGCAACGGAAUUCUAAAUGGAAAUACAGAUGUUCAAAACUUUAUUGAAGAACUGACUUCUUCUUUGGAAUGGAUUAUGAACCAUUGCUUUUCUAUCCAAGAUGUUUCAAGCAUGAGAGAUGCAAUUAAGGAGCACUUUGAUUGGGAUGGAUCACAAAGUGAAAAUGAUAUGGAAGAUGAAAUGAUCAGUCACUUUCCAAAAGCACAUAAUUUACAUGCUCCCGUUGCUUCUGAUUGGAAAUGCCGUGACAAUAUUUUACACAUGGAAGAUGAUUUAUCAAUUACAAAUUUCAGAGAAGAGUCUAGAUUUCAGUCAAAUGUUAGUACAAAAGAAUCUCUACGGAUUCAAUCUCUGGAAUCUGAGAAAGCAAUUGCAAGCUUACAAGUGGAGCUGGAAGACCUCAGGCAGUCAAAGAAAUAUAUUGAAGAUCAGUUUCGAAUUUUGAAAUCAGUAGUAGAGGAUCUUGAUACACAGCUUACAGCAGCUAGAGGUGAAACAAGCGAGUGCCGUGAAAAAUUGUCACUUUUGGAAGAUGAACUGGACAAUAAAAAUAUGGUCUGCGAAGAAUUAGAAGCCUCAUGUCUUGACUUACAACUGCAGCUAGAAAGCAUGAAACAGAAUGAAACCUUAAGGUAUGAUCAAAACUUUGAAGAAAGGCAGCUUCAAAAUGAUUUGGAGAUUACUUCAGCAUCCGAAAAGUUGGCAGAAUGCCAAGAAACUAUAUUAAACUUAGGCAGGCAGUUGAAGGCAAUGGGUUCACCUGCUGAUGCCAGCAAGGUCACAGUUGCCUCCAAUGCAAUGACAACUAUAGGCUGCAAGAAGAAAAAUAGCAAGAGGACAUCUCUACUCGACAAAUUGCUAGCUGAAGACAGUGCUGGGAGAAGGUAUCCAGAGUCUCCAAUAGUGAAAGAAGUUUUAUGUACCCCGAACUCCCCUACAGUUGUUGACAGCACCUCUGGUCCUACCUUUGCUCUCAAACACACAAUAAAAUCUUCAGACACGUCCUUGAAAACAAAUAACAUUAGACAUCAAGAUGUGGAAGCUGCAGGGAAUAAUUCCUUUGCCAUUAUUCGUAGCAAAGAUAUAAGCAGCCGUGGACUAUGGAAAAAUAUGUUGUGGAAACUAAAGAAAAGUCAUAGCAAAAAGGGACCUUCUGAGAUGCUGCAAAACACCAGAACAUAGGUUAUGCAUUUCUGUUGAUGAGUUAGUUGUUUAAUGGUUAACUUAGAUGUCAUGUGUGAGCAGUUUGUGGUGGGGGGCAAGGAGUUCUGGGCUUUCUGAUGUUGUAGUAUAUUUUCUUAACCAGUUGUAUGAUGUAUAUAAUAUGAUUUCCCCCUUUUUUGUGUUGAUAACAACUCAGGACUCGCGAGUAAUAUGCAGUGAAGUUGGCUAAAACAAAUUAUCUUAUAUGUGAA